AUGAGAAUCGAUCGCUACCUGCAGGGGACGCCGUCGUGGGUCGACCUGUCCACCACCGAUCAGGACGCCGCCAAGGGGUUCUACGCCGGCCUGUUCGGCUGGAGCUACCGGGAUAUGCCGGUCGACCAGACGGGCGAGCGGCUCUACACGACGGCGACCAUCGACGGCGCCAGCGCGGCGGGGAUCUUCACGCAGCCGCCCGAGGAGGCGCAGAUGGGCAUUCCUCCGCACUGGAACGUCUAUCUGACGGUGGACGAUGCCGAUGCCAGCGCGGUGCGCGCCGUCGAGCACGGCGGCACGGUGCUGGCCGAACCGUUCGACGUGUUCGACGCCGGCCGCAUGGCGACCAUCAAGGACCCGGCCGGCGCCGUGGUGUCGCUCUGGCAGCCGCGGCAGAGCAUCGGCGCGCAGAUCCGCGCCGAGCACGGCGCGCUCUGCUGGACCGAGCUCCUGACCGGCGAUCCAGCGGCCGCCGCCGAGUUCCUGGCCGCGCUGCUGGACGUCCGCACGGAGACCGCCCCCAUGCCGGACGGCGUCGAGUACACGGUGGUCAUGGCGGGGGACACCCCGGUCGCCGGCGUGAUGCUGAUGCCCGAGCACCUGCGCGAGAUGCGGCAUCCCCCGCACUGGAGCACCUACAUGCAGGUCGACGACACCGACGCGGCCGUGGCGGCGGCGGAGGCCGCCGGCGGCUCAGUGUUGAUGCCGGCACAGGACAUCGCGACCGUGGGGCGCCUCGCCUUCAUCGCGGAUCCGCAGCGUGCGGCGCUCGGCCUGAUGACGCCCGGAUAG